AUGCCUCCGAAGAAAGCUCCAGAGCCAAAGAAGGCCCAGAAGACGGUGGAUGAUAAGACCUUUGGCAUGAAAAACAAAAAAGGCGGAAAAGCGCAAAAACAAAUCAAACAGAUAGCAUCACAAGCUGUAAAUGGCGCUUCACCUGAAGAGAAACGGAAAGCAGCCGAAAAGGCUGCAAAACUAGCUGAGAAAAAGGCUGCUGAAGAUGCAAAGAAAGAAGCUGCAUCUCUGUUUAAGCCUUUGCAGGUGCAGAAAAUCCCUUUUGGAGUGGAUCCAAAGUCCGUAGUCUGUGUGUUUUUUAAACAGGGUACUUGUGAAAAGGGUAAAAAGUGCAAAUUCUCGCACGAUUUAAGCAUAGAAAGAAAGACAGAGAAAAGGUCGCUGUACGAGGAUGGUGGCGAAGGGUCUUCUGGGGCUGUGGAUGCUAAACAGGAGACAUCCGAAAAUUGGGACGAAGCCAAGCUAAGGGAGGUCGUAAUGUCAAAACACGGAAAUCCCAAGACCACAACAGAUAUUGUCUGCAAAUACUUUAUCCAGGCUAUCGAAGAUGGAAAGUAUGGUUGGUUUUGGAAUUGUCCGGGCGGUGCCGAUUGUAAAUAUAGACACGUUCUUCCACCAGGCUUUGUUGUAAAAACUUCUGCUCAGCGAGCCCUUGAGAGGGAGGAACUGGAGAAGAAUCCAAACAGAACGCUGACAAUGGAGGACUUCUUGGAAACCGAGAGACACAAGCUUACGGGCACUCUAACACCCGUCACAGAAGAAACAUUCAAGAAGUGGAAGGCUGAGAGGCUGAAUAAGAAGGCUGCAGAGGAAGAGCUACGGCGGAGGAAAGAGGAAACCGGUAGGGAACUGUUCGAGAAGGGUGGCUGGCAAGACGAUGAUAGUGAGGCGGAGAGCAGCGAGGAAGAAGUCGAAGGCAAGGGUAAGGGCAAGGCGGACAUAUGGGAUCUGGAACAAUUACGAAGAGAGACAGAGGCGAUAGAAGAAGAACAAGAGGCGGAAAGAAUAAGGGUUGGUGGCGCACUAGACUAA